AUUAAAUUACACCAUUUAUCAAGUUGGAAAAUUUUGCAUGGUUGAAUUUAAGCAGCUCUAGUUGAUCAAAUUCCAUCUUCCACUGAGCGGCAAAAAUGGCGGCGAACGGCGAAUUCAGCUUCAGAAGCGGCGGCGUGAAGGGGCGGAACAACCUGCCGAAGAUUCACACGGAUAAGAAGGCCUCGGAUGAGAGCGACAUCUGCCACGAUGACAGCGCGACGCCGGUGAAGGCGCAGACGCUCGAUGAAUUGCACUCGCUUCAGAGGAAGAAGUCGGCGCCGACUACCCCGAUCCAGGCGGCGCUCGGAGAAUUCGCGGAGGAGGACCGCCACAAGCAGCAGAUGCAGUCGAUUAGCGCGUCGCUGGCGUCGUUGACGCGGGAGACCGGGCCGAAGGUGGUGAAGGGAGAUCCGGCGAGGACGGCGGAGACGCCGCGGGUGGUGGCGCCUGCGAGCCACCACCACUUUGAACCGACGCUCGACAUCAGUGACAGCGGACUUAAAUUUACUCACAUCCUCUACAAUCUCUCCCCUGCUGAAUUAUACGAACAAGCUAUAAAAUACGAGAAAGGAUCGUUCAUCACGGCGAGUGGAGCAUUGGCGACGCUGUCUGGGGCGAAAACCGGACGAUCUCCGAGAGACAAGCGUGUGGUGAAAGAUGAAACCACAGAUGAUCUGUGGUGGGGGAAAGGCUCACCGAAUAUUGAGAUGGACGAACACACUUUCCUUGUUAACAGAGAGAGAGCCGUGGAUUACUUGUGCUCACUGGAAAAGGUUUACGUGAACGACCAGUUCCUUAACUGGGACCCGGAGCAUCGCAUCAAAGUGAGGAUCGUCUCUGCAAGAGCCUAUCACUCUCUGUUUAUGCACAACAUGUGCAUUCGACCUACUCCCGAAGAACUAGAGAGUUUUGGCACGCCCGACUUCACCAUAUACAAUGCGGGGAUGUUCCCCUGCAACCGAUACACUCACUACAUGACUUCCUCGACUAGUAUAGAUGUGAAUCUUGCUAGAAAGGAGAUGGUGAUCCUCGGCACUCAAUAUGCUGGGGAGAUGAAGAAGGGUCUCUUCAGCCUGAUGCACUAUCUCAUGCCUAAGCGCGGUGUCCUCUCCCUGCACUCCGGCUGCAAUAUGGGAAAGGACGGAGACGUUGCCCUCUUCUUUGGAUUAUCUGGUACUGGAAAAACAACGUUGUCUACGGAUCACAACAGGUACUUGAUUGGAGACGACGAGCACUGCUGGAGUGACAACGGCGUCUCCAACAUCGAAGGCGGCUGCUACGCCAAAUGCAUAGACUUGUCAAGAGAGAAAGAGCCGGAUAUUUGGAAUGCCAUCAAGUUUGGAGCUGUUCUCGAAAAUGUGGUGUUCGAUGAACACACGCGAGAGGUGGACUAUUCGGAUAAAUCCGUCACAGAGAACACGCGUGCUGCCUACCCGAUCGAGUUCAUUCCAAACGCGAAGAUACCCUGCGUCGGCCCUCAUCCGAAAAACGUGAUCUUAUUGGCCUGCGACGCCUUCGGCGUGCUUCCCCCAGUCAGCAAACUCAACUUGGCUCAAACUAUGUACCACUUCAUAAGCGGCUACACUGCCCUGGUUGCCGGAACAGAGGACGGUAUAAAGGAGCCUACCGCCACAUUCUCUGCGUGCUUCGGUGCAGCCUUCAUCAUGCUUCACCCGACCAAGUACGCAGCUGUGCUGGCUGACAAGAUGCAGAAACACGGCGCCACUGGGUGGCUCGUCAACACCGGCUGGUCCGGUGGAAGCUAUGGGUCGGGAAGCCGGAUCAAGUUAGCUUACACGAGGAAGAUCAUCGACGCCAUACACUCGGGUGAGCUGCUGAAGGCGAACUACGUGAAGACAGAUGUGUUCGGCCUCGAGAUACCAACGGAAAUCGAGGGUGUUCCCGCGGAGAUUCUUGAUCCCGCUAAUACAUGGGGUAACAAGGAGGCUCACAAGGAGACUCUUCUCAAGCUAGCUGGGCUCUUCAAGAAGAAUUUCGAGGGGUUCCUCAAUUAUAAGAUUGGGACAGAUAGCAAGCUCACUGAUGAGAUCCUAGCAGCUGGUCCAAAUUUCUGAAUCUAGAGAGAGAGAGUUUGAGAGAUGAAAUCAUUUGUGGUGAAGGCUUUGCUUGAAUUAUCAUGUUUUGUGUGAUUGUUAACAUAUACGAAUGUAGCUUGAAUAUGAUAAUAAGUUAUAUUUAUGUAAGUUAUCUUGUGUUCGAGGAAA